AUGGAAGAUUUUGAUAUGGAUGCCGACGAUAAUAUGGAACAAGAAAAUGAUAAAUCUCCAAAGAAAAAACCUCAUCAACCAUCUGGCAUUGCAAUUGAUGCACUUGCUGGUUUACUUGAUAGUUAUUCAUCAGCAGAAACGAAAAAUUCUCGUCGUUCAGCUAUACCAAUACCUUUACAACAACAACAAGGAAGUCAUUCAUUAUCAUCAACAACAAUUGCUACUCCUGUACGUGCAACAAAUAUUACUCAACAAGUUAGUACACCAAAUGUAGCAACAUUUCAAGCUCGAUUAAAUAAAGAAGAAACUAUUGUUGAACAUAUUGGAAAUAAAUCAAAUAAUAAAGAUAAAACUGAAAGAAAAAAAUUACCUUCAAUACAAUUUCAAUCUUUAGUUAAACCUUAUAAAUAUAUGUAUCAAACAAUAUAUAAACGUGCUAAUGGUGCACUUAAUAAACAAAUAGAAGAAUUUGAAGAUUUAUUUCUAACUAUGAUUAAUAAUAAAGAAAAUGAAAAAUCAAAUAUUGUUCUUUAUCCAGUUGGAAAUGCUGUUCAAGAUGAAGUUCAACUUGUUGGUCGUAUUGUAUGUGAUUCAGCUGGUCAAUUAAAUGCUCAAUCAAUAACACUUGAAGGUUCAUCUCGAACAUCGAAAUGUAAUCGUGUUCGACUAGAUGUUUCAUCUUUACCUAGUUAUUCAUUGUUUCCUGGACAAAUUAUAUUUGUUUCUGGUAUUUAUACAAAUGAUGGAUUUUUUCAUGCAAAACAAUUAACAAAUUUACCAUUAGUUCCACAUCCAAUUGAAACAAAAAUAUCAAAUGAUAUAUCUUUUAUGAUUGCUGCUGGUCCAUUUCUACUUGCAAAUGGAAAUUUAAGUGCAUUCGAAGAACUUCUUAAACGAGCAGAAGAAGAUUUAUCAAUACAAUCAUUAAUUUUGAUUGGCCCAUUUAUUGAUGAACGUUCAUCAUAUGUACAAAAUUUACAGGACAAAACUUAUGAACAAUUAUUUAAUGAAUUAUUAGAAAAAAUCAAAAGUUUUCGUGUAAAAACAAUUCUUAUUCCAUCAUUACGCGAUAUUCAUCAUGAUUCAAUUUAUCCUUUAAGUCCAUUUAUAAAUAAUGAAAAUAAAGAUUCAACAAUUAUUUAUGGUUGUGAACCAUCUAUUCUAUCAUUUGAUGAUCUUCAAUGUGCAAUAACAUCAACAGAUAUUCUCUGUCAUUUAAGUUCAGAAGAAAUUAGUUUAAAUCAAACAACAGAUCGAAUGAGUCGAUUAAUUCGUCAUUUAUUUCAACAAAAAUCUUUCUAUCCAUUGAUUCCGCCUAAUGAAUCAGUUUCUAUUGAAUAUGAUCAAGCAUUUGAAUAUGCAAAAAUUGAUACAUUACCUCAUUUAUUUAUUACUUCAUCUGAUCUUCGACCAUUUAUUAAGUUUAUUGAUUCAGUAUGUGCAAUAAAUAUUGGUCGAUUAGUUAAAAAUCAAGAUUCAACAAUGAUUAAUAAUGCAAGUGGAACAUAUGCAAAAAUAUUUCUUAAUAAAACUUCUGAUGAUAUUAAUAAUGGUACUAUUUUAAAUGAUCAUUUACAUAUUCAGAUACUUCGAUUAUAA